UCUGGCUCUCCCUUCCUGUGUUACCGCCCUUGGGCUGAGCGAGAAAUCAAGCACUGGAGACAUUGCAUUCAUUGGGAAGACUGGCGAUAUUUGGAGAUUCUUUAGUUAGGUCCCAUUAACCUCAGGUAGCCUCCCCCUGGUCUGGAACAGUGAGCCCGAGAGGAAACAUUGUGGCUGUGGUCUGCUGUUCAGUGUUGCUAAGCAAGAUUUAGCCCGCACCAUGGCGUUGUCGUUCAAGAAGGACCUGGAGAAGUACAAGGAUCUCGAUGAAGAUGAGAUCCUCAACAACCUGUCGGCGGAGGAGCUCAAACAGCUGGAGACGGCCCUCGAGGAGAUGGACCCUGAGAAUGCUCUUCUCCCAGCGGGCUUACGUCAGAAGGACCAGACGGUCAAGCAAGACACAGGGACGUUCAGCAGGGAAAGCCUUCUCAAAUACCUGGAGAAGGAAGCCAUGGAGUACAAGGACCGAGAUGAUGUAGUGCCCUUCACUGGGGAGAGAAAAGGUAAAGUAUUCAUUCCCAAGCAGAAACCAAUAGAAACACGCCAAGAGGAAAUCACAACCCUCGACCCAGAGUUAGAGGAAGCCCUGUCCAGCGCCACUGACACGGAACUGUGUGAUCUAGCAGCGAUACUGGGUGUUCACACGCUGGUCACCAGCAGUCAGACGUAUGAUGGGACCUCCUCUAAAGAGGGUUACAACAAUGUGAUCAAAGGGGAGAAGAUGAACCCAGUAUUUGAUGAGCCCCCCAAUCCCACUAAUGUUGAAGAAACUCUGCAGAGGAUAAAAAGCAACGACAGCUCCCUGACAGAGGUCAACCUCAACAACAUCAAGAACAUCCCUAUUCCAACACUGAAGGAAUUCUCCAAAGCCAUGGAGAAGAACACGAGUAUCAAGAAGUUCAGCCUGGCAGCAACCCGGAGUAACGACCCAGUCGCCGUGGUGUUCAGUGACAUGUUGCGAGAGAACAAGACGUUGCGAAGUUUGAACCUGGAGUCUAACUUCAUCACCGGGGCUGGGAUGCAGAGUAUAAUUGAUGCAUUGCGAGACAACGACACGCUCAUAGAGAUCAAGAUAGACAACCAGAGGCAGCAGCUGGGUACUACUGUAGAGAUGGAGAUGGCUAAAAUGUUGGAACAAAACAACACCAUAAUAAAGUUUGGCUACCGCUUCACCCAGCAAGGACCUCGCUCCAGAGCUGCCGCAGCUAUCACCAAGAACAAUGACCUGGUACGCAAGAAGCGAGUGGAAGCUGACCUGUAGGGACGGCGCUGUCUCCCAGCCAAUCCUGAUGUUUCAUCUCACCAUGUGGAAUAAUUUCAGCCAAUGCCCUGGUCUCAUCUCACUGUGUGGAUACUUAAGUCUUGUGCCAAAUUAUAGGGCAAGGCAUGCUCAACCCGAACAUACAUCUGAGAAGAACGGAAAAUAACUGGAAUUGCCCUAUCCCAUUUAAAUGUUCAUACUUAUGUUUAUUAUUGUUGUGUUGUUAUUGAAGGUGUAAACCUGAUUUGUUUUUAUUCAUUCCAUUUCAGCUGCUCCUUCUCUUUUCCUUUUUUUUCUGAGCCUUCAUGCGAUCUGUCCAGACUUAAAAAAAAAAUUAUUUUAUACUAUGCUAUAAUCAUUGUGGAGUAAUUUUGACAUUUAGCAAGUAACAGAAAUAACAAUAACACCUUUUGUCAAAAAAGAAUAACUCUGAUAAGUGAUAACUGAUAGUUUGAGGCCGAAGCUCCAAGUAUAUUAUCCGUAUUAGACCAACAAAGUGUGUCAUUAGAAAGAGUUGAGCGCCAGGAAGUGACAUGACAGUCUGCAAACCUUAUCUGACUGUACAGCUGUUCGAUAACAUAAGGUAUCAUGAGGUAACCAUGGGGGGGUGCAGGGGUAGUUGAUUGGAGUUGCCCUGCUGGUGUGUGUAAUGGUUAACAUAAGCCUUAGAACAGCUGUUGGCUCACCUUCUUACAUGAAUUGAAUACUGUACGUAUCAAUGCUUAAUGUUUAUAAUACUUAACGGUUUUAUUCUAGCUUAAGAUCUUAUCGUCAUACUGUUUAAAUUCUGAUGGUGGUUAGGACUUAUAUCCCUUAACAUGAAUUAUACAUAGGUGUACUGUAAAAGGAGCAGGAUGCUAACUUCUGCCUGCUCUUACAAAGGAUGCUGUAACAUUUCUCUGAUGUUUAACCAAGACUAACACAUGCAGUGCUUAAAGUAUCGCCAUGGUAACGGUUAUUGGUUUAGGGUUUGGCCUUGUCAGCUACAGUCACUCCCUCACAUGGGAAACAACAAUUAUCUAGACAUUGUUGAGAUCAAAUCAUGCUAUUACAUUUAGAUUUUUUCCCCCCAUGCCAUUUAUAGCACAAUCUUCAGCAGGUAGUUCUCUGAGAUGUGAGGAGGAGUCUGCAACCCUCAGGCUGCGGCUUCUUGUGAACUAUUUCUCCUAGAUCUUAAAUUUCACUUUCCGCUCGUUCACACUUCACUUGGCUCUCAGCAGUAGCAUGUCAUUCCUUAUGUAACAGAUAAUAACAUGCUAUGUGUGCCUCCAACUGAACUUCCUGAGGUACACUGACCUGCUUGAGAGGCGAAUAACAGGACUAAUUCAGGAUUACUUGAAAAGUGUAUAUACUGUUUAUGUAUAAGAGGAAUAAUAUGCUGGCAUGAACAUCACAUCAUGUUUCUGUUGACCAAAAAUGUUCCUUCAUCUAACAGCCUCACAUUCCUUGGACAAUAAGUUUGGGUUUUAUAUCUGUGUACUUCUUACCUGCUCAUAUCGUAUUUCUUCUUUGACCUUUUUUGUUUUUACAUUACUGUGCUGUGAUGGGGGACGGUCAGCUUAAGUGGAAAACUGCUUCUUUGCCUGGGCUUGUUAAAAGUGGUCUGUGAUUCAUAAUAUGUAUAUUAUUAAUUGUAAAAUGCCAUCUCAAAUUCAAAGUGCACACACACUCACACAGGUUUUUAUGUGUGUACCACUUAGACCCACACAUUGCUGAGAUUCUUUUGUACUUUAAAUGUAAACUCCAGGUGUAGGCUCAAUAUAAAGAAAAUGUACUAUUAUAAACCCACAGGACUGGUAAAAAAGCACUGCUGAAUAUAAGACAUCCUCAACAAUAAAUGUUUUUACAUA